UUUCACAAACACGAAAAUAAGAGAGAGUGGGAGAAAUUGGAAUAGAAUUGGCUUGGUAUAUAAGCCAUUGAAGGCAUAAACAAAUAAAGAUACAUAUUAGAGAGAAGAAGAGAGACAGAGAGAGGUCUAUCAUUUUCUCAAACUUCGGUGGUUGGUGGAGGCUUCUUUGGAGUUCAGGGGGCUUCCAUAUACAGCAAGAACAAGAACAACAACGGUAGAAUCAGCAGACCAGAGCUACGGCCAUGGCAGAAUCCAGUGAUUCCGUUUCACUCGACAUGGAGAAGAUCUACCUCGGUGGAAAGGAGCAUCACAUUCGAACUGGUUGUGGUUCUGUGUCUGUUAUAGUCUAUGGGGAUCCUGAGAAACCAGCUCUGAUCACUUAUCCAGACCUAGCACUAAAUUAUAUGUCAUGUUUCCAAGGAUUAUUUUUCUGUCCAGAGGCAGCUUCUUUGCUGCUUCACAACUUCUGCAUAUAUCAUAUCAGUCCUCCUGGACACGAGAGUUGUUGCAGUUGGGAGCUGGUGCAAUUUGUCCUGAUGACCCUAUACCUUCUGUCGAAGACUUAGCAGAUCAAAUAGUCGAGAUUCUCAACUAUUUUGGGCUUGGUGCAGUGAUGUGUAUGGGAGUCACGGCCGGGGCUUAUAUUCUUACUCUUUUUGCAAUGAAAUAUAGAGAGCGUGUUCUUGGUUUGAUACUUGUAUCUCCUUUAUGCAAAGCACCUUCUUGGACAGAAUGGUUUUAUAACAAGGUGAUGUCCAAUUUACUAUAUUUCUAUGGGAUGUGUGGCUUGUUGAAGGAGUGUUUACUUCAGCGAUACUUCAGCAAGGAAGUUAGGGGAAAUGCUGAGAUUCCAGAGUCAGAGAUAGUUCAAGCCUGCAGAAAAUUGCUCGAUGAGAGAAAGAGAACAAAUGUAUUGCGGUUUCUUGAAUCGAUUAAUGAGAGGCCGGACAUUACAGAAGGAUUGAAAAGAUUAAAGUGCCGAACGCUUAUUUUCGUCGGAGACAGUUCGCCAUUCCAUUCGGAGGCUCUGCACAUGACAUCAAAACUUGAUAGGAGAUUCAGUGCCUUGGUUGAGGUCCAAGCUUGUGGAUCAAUGGUUACGGAGGAGCAGCCACAUGCAAUGCUGAUACCAAUGGAGUACUUUUUCAUGGGGUAUGGGCUUUACAGGCCAUGCCACUUCAGUGACAGCCCGAGGAGCCCGCUCAGCCCGUCUUGCAUCUCGCCUGAGCUCCUUUCCCCAGAAAGCAUGGGCUUAAAGCUAAAGCCAAUAAAGACGCGUGUGUCAAUGGAAGUUUGAUCCACACUUUUGUAAUCCAGGGCAUUCUUUUUUGUUUCUUUAUGAUUUUUUUUAUUGUUUUAAGAGAAGAGAGAAGAAUAGAAGAGAUGUUGGCGGAAGGAGGGGGUUGUUGUAGAUAUGAGGGAUAUAAGAAGAGAAGAAUACGUGAAAAUAUAAAUAUAUGUAUUGUAUGCAAAAGAAAACAUAGGGAGGAAGUUGUCUUAAUUCAUUUUGUAGUAUGUCGGAAAUAAAAGGGACCAAUUUGAGCUGUUGUAUCUGUAAAUUCCGGUUGGACUUUGACCUCAAUUUAUUUAUUUUAUGGCCACAAGCA